GUAAAGGAUCAAAGAGAUGAUAAAGACCAGUCCGAAUAAAUCCUGCGACGGAGCAAUCGAAGUUAUGGCUUAGGAAAGAACAGACGAGGAUACUGAAAUGAUUUGCGCGAAUGUGCAGAAGCUCGCCGACGCCGCCGGUCGGCCUGGGAAGCGCUCCACCAUGCCCGACUCACCUGCGGACGUCAAGACGCAGUCCAGGUUGACCCCGCCCGCCAUGCCGCCCCCGCCCAGCACGCAAGGACCUCCCCGCAACGGCUCCUACACACCCACCACCCUGACCAACGGUAGCAGCAGCCACUCGCCGACGGCCCUGAACGGUGCGCCGUCGCCGCCCAACGGGUACGGCAACGGGCCGGGCUCGUCGUCGUCGUCGCUGGCCAAUCAGCAGCUGCCGCCGGCGUGCGGCGCCCGGCAGCUGAGCAAGCUCAAGCGCUUCCUCACCACGCUGCAGCAGUUCGGCAACGACAUCUCGCCCGAGAUCGGAGAACGCGUCCGCACGCUCGUGCUCGGAUUGGUGAAUUCGACGCUAACCAUCGAGGAGUUCCACUGCAAACUGCACGAAGCCACCAACUUCCCCCUGCGACCUUUCGUCAUCCCCUUUCUCAAGGCCAACCUGCCGCUGCUGCAGCGGGAGCUCCUCCACUGCGCCCGGCUGGCCAAGCAGAACCCGGCGCAGUACCUGGCCCAGCACGAGCAGCUGCUGCUGGACAGCAGCACGGCGUCGCCGCUGGACUCGUCCGAGCUGCUGCUGGACGUCAACGACAACGGCAAGCGGCGCACGCCCGACAGAACUAAAGAGAACGGCUUCGACCGAGACGCCGCCCUGCACGCGGCGGACGCGCACCCCAGCAAGCGGCCGUGCACCGUCAGCCCCGGCGGGCAACGCUUCAGCCCGUCCAACGGCGUCUCGUACCAGCCCAACGGCCUGGCGCACCCGGGCCCGCAGCAGCCGCCGCCGCCGCCGCCGCCGCAGCACUACCGGCUGGACGACAUGGCCGUCGCCCACCACCACUACCGCGACGCCUACCGCCACCCGCCCGCCAACCACAGGGAGAUGCGCGAGAGGGGCCGCGCCAUCGGCAUCCACGCGGGGGGCCGCCAGGAGGAGGUGAUCGACCACCGGCUGACGGACAGGGAGUGGGCCGAGGAGUGGAAGCACCUUGACCAUCUGCUCAACUGCAUCAUGGACAUGGUGGAGAAGACGCGGCGCUCGCUGACGGUGCUGCGACGCUGCCAGGAGGCCGACCGCGAGGAGCUCAACUACUGGAUCCGACGUUACAGCGACGCCGAGGAGCUGAAGAAGAGCGCCGCCGCCUCCGGUGGCCAGUCCAGGCAGCAGAGUCCCGCGGCGCAGGACAAUGCCGCAUCCGACAUUCACAGGGAGCUUCUGCAUCGGCCCGUUUCUGGCUACGUCCCUGAAGAAAUCUGGAAGAAAGCUGGUGAGCUGGUGAACGAGGUGAAGCGUCAGGCCGUGUCGGAGCUGCAGAAGGCCGUGUCGGAGGCCGAGCGCAAGGCGCACGAGAUGAUCAGCGGCGAGCGCGCCAAGAUGGAGCGGACGGUCGCCGAGGUCAAGCGGCAGGCGGCCGAGGACGCGCUGUCCAUCGUCAACCAGCAGGAGGACUCCAGCGAGAGCUGCUGGAACUGCGGUCGCAAAGCCAGCGAGACGUGCAGCGGCUGCAACACGGCUCGCUACUGCGGCUCCUUCUGCCAGCACAAAGACUGGGAGAAGCACCACCACGUCUGCGGGCAGACCCUCCAAGCCCCGCCGCCGGCGCCGCAGGAGGGCGUCGCCGUCGCCGUCCCCGCCCCCGAGACCCCCGCCCCGGUCAGCUCCUCCGCGUGCACCCCCAGCAGCUGCGCCGGCAGUCCGGCUCCCACUCCGCCCGCGGCCCCUCGCUCGUCCACGCCGGGCACCCCGUCGUCGUCGUCCGCCCCGGACGGCCACUAGAGGCGCGCCCCCCCCCCCCCCCCCCCGCCGUGCAGUAUGCUAAGCUAACGCGGCUAACGGAGAACUUCCAUAACGUGGGUCAUAUUGACUCGCCUCGACUUUAAUAGCAAAGAUAUUCUUUGUUGCCAAUGAAUGAAUGUAAAUAGACGCUCGCGUUCAGCGUUCUUGCUACUCGUCGUGGUGGUUCUGGUGCCCGUUGUUGGUGUUGCAAUUGUUGUCGUUAAUGUAGCGUAUUUGUCUUGUAAAUAAGACCGAGCAGCGAAAGCGCCGUUGUCCCAACCCACUGAAAGGCUGAACUGAGUCAACCGUAGACGGCGGGAAGGUUUGCCACUUGGGAGGUGUUUUCUUUUGACUGUUGGGCACACGAAUCCGACAUAAGCAAGCACCAUGGAAGCUAUACAUUUGAAAUGACAAAAUAUUUCUGCAAACCUGCGGUGGCGACCACUCAGAAUCCCGACGCGUCUCCUCCUCCGAGCCACAUCUACCGAUUCCAAAGUUGUCGUGUCGUGUUUUUGCUUUCCAAAAAUCUGCACGCACUUACUGACACAAACACAACCAAGACGACGUAUUUUUAGUUUCGCACAUUCCCGUAACUCCCUGCAGGGGGAACUGCAGUGUUGCGUUCUCGCUGAAUUUGACAAAAAACAAAAAAACAAAAAACGUCUUUACUUCUGGAGACGCAAAGCCGACAGAAUCGAGCAUCUGCGUCGAAUUUCAGCAGAUGUUUUCAGCAGACGGGUUCGCUAAUUCUCCCUCCAGGAAACUGCGGCGUUGUGCUGAGUGCCAAAACUUUAUAUUGAAUUUGGAGACAACCGUGUUGUUGCUAAGAUUUGGAAUUUGGACUCUAUGGUUGCCUCAGAUGGGCUGGAGUUUUUUUUUUUUUUUUUUUAAAUGUUCCAUUCCUGAUUGGAUUACUCAUGCCCUCCCUGGAUUUUGGACAUUCCUUGCCACCGCUGGACAGACGGCCAGAAUAUUCUUCAGUAUUUUUUUUGUCUUCUCACUCAAAUUGCUGGACCGGACUGCCGAUGGAUUUGCAAGGAAUGGAGCGAAUCUCGAAUGUCGGUCAAUUUCCGACUCCGAACACGAAAUCCACGUGGGCGAACUGCGGAAUACAAAUCCAGGAUGCAAAAAAAAAAAACCAGGACGUUUUGGAUACGCGGGAAGUGAGGCCAUUUUCUCGUCACACGGCCGGGAAGUGGCGGAAGACUACGUCGGAAAUUCCGGAAGCUCAUCACGUCCGAAAUCCGCUUUCUUUGCUGACCUGCAUAUUCUUUUGAGACUUGAGUCGCAUCUACGGUGGCCCCAAAGGUUAUUUUGGACUAUUUUGACAAUUACAGAUGAUUGUCUUCAUCCAGUUAGCCGUCAGAGCAAAAACAAUCCGUUUUAUCUCUUUGCGCUGCUUUCAUCUGGUGUGUUCACGCUAGCACACCAUCGUAGUUCUUCGCCCGAAAAAACGCCUGCGAAAUUUCAGAGCUGCUACUCAAAUCCGAGCCAGAAAUCUUUCCCGACAACUAGCACGGAAACACUUGGUUUUUUUGUUGUUGUUUUUUUUUAACCAAAAUGUAUUUGCACUGUCACAGAUGUUAAUUUUACAGCAUGCUUGGUUGUUGUUGUUGUUUUUUCCCCCCCAUACAUUAGCGUUAAUCCUGUUUUUAAAUUGCAGAAUGUAAAAAAAAAAAAUUAAAAAAAAUAAUAAUAAAUAAAAUUUCACCGUAUUUCGACACGCUAGUUAAACUCGGCCAUUUUCAGAAGAGAGAAUGGUGCAUGACUCGAUGUUUUGGUAGAUAUUUAUUUUUUAGAAAAAUGACCAUCAAAAAACUAUGACCAAAAAAAUAGAGAAUAAUUACAAAAAACAAAAAAAACAAAAAAAGUAAUCUAACUUUCCAAAUGGCGGACACUCCGAUUGACAGCUUUAACACUGCAACGCACCAGGUAACACACACACACACACACACACACACACUCACUGUAAGCACACAUUAAAAACAGCCAAAGAUUGUCACCAAGGACUAAAACCUGAUUUAUUAUUUUUUUUCUGGUGUCAAGUUGUCAAGCAUCGAGUGUAAUGAGAAGCUUUCAACUGAUUGUUUGGAGCAAUAAUUUUGAACAUUGUGGUGGUUUUGUUUUUGUUUUGU